UUUCUUGUGAAUUUAAAUAAAAUUGUAUUGAAAUUAUUUACAUAUGAUUAAUAUUCCUCCAAACUUAUGUAAUUUAUUUUGGUAUUUUUGAUAUUCUUGUUAUUUCUAUUUUUUUUGUGUUUAUAAUUUUCGUAUAAUGAAGUAAUUUCAGGCGAAGAAAUGACCAAGUCAAAUCGGGAAAAUAUUAAUUCAAUUGUAAGAGGCAAAACUAGAAAAAGAAAGCAUAUCGUUUUGCAAGCGGUACAAAGCAGAUGGGAUAUAUCAAAAGCAACAGAGAGGCGCUUCUCAUUGUCACUGAUGUCGUCAUGCAAAGAAAGCUUCAUCAAAAAAAAUAUUCGGAAUGAAAGAGAAGAAGGACCGGCGUCAAGUUGUGAUGGUUUUGCUGAUCGUGUUGAAAAAAUUCCGGAAUCGAUCGAAAAUUUAAAAAAUUUUAAUGAAUGUGAUGCUUUUGAUAGAAAUGAAGCUGUGAAUUAUAUUGCCGGAGUUGUGGCAUCCAACCAACUAAGUCAUUCCCUAGUUGCUGAUAUCUUCACUAUUUGUAAACUUCUUCGAAAGUUUCCUAGUAUUCAGAGAUAUGAAGUGUUCAAUACAAUUGAUUUAUGGAUUGAUCAUGACAAGAGGCUCUACAGUUUUUGUGCUGUAUGUCAAUCAACUUUGAAUAAUUCCAAGUUGUGCACAAACUCCGAAUGCCAGCGAUUUUCAAUGUGCCAAAAGAACGUUUCCGAAUCAAAAACAAUUGUUACAUUCAGCAUUCGAUCUCAAAUGAAAGACUUGUUGAACAGUGGAGCUCUAGACAAGAAACUUGAGAUUUCUGCUCUAUCCCAGCCCUCACUAUGCUCGAGUAUUUCGGAAACACCGAAAUAUUUGCACACAAAAAAGGAAUCUGAAAACAAGUAUCCUGAUUUAAAAACCUUGUUUCUGACAUUAAACACGGAUGGUUUUUCAAAACGUGGAAAUUCUAGAAGCGAAAUUUGGCCUGUGUUCUUGGCAACAAAUGACGUUGUUUCUGAUGCCUCCAGUAAUGAAAUGCACAGACCACAAAACGUGAUGCUUGCUUCGUUAAUGCUCACUCCAAAUUGCAAGAGGCAAGACCUGUUGUCGCUUCUUCAGAGGAUGAUUUUGGAAAUAGAAGCCACCACCGAAAAUCCUAUCGUUGUGGUUCGGGACGGUGUAACUCACAGAGUACGACUACAACUAUAUGAAUCCGUUCUUGAUAUGGCUGCCAGUCAAAAAAUUCAUGGAGUUCCCGCCUGGAAUACUUAUUCUGGAUGUUCUCGUUGUGAUGUGUACGGAAUUCGCGCAAGAACGAAAAACGGCAGCAAAGUUUGUUGGUCUUCCGAAGAGGGUUCUUCCAAACUGUAUUCUUCGUCCUACAUGUCAGAAAGACUGCUCUCAUCACCACUGCCAUAUCCUUGGGAUGACGGAUAUGAUACGCUUCAUAAUAUACAGGAAGGAACUAUGAAGGACAUGUUGAAACAACUUCUGUCUAAUGGAUAUUACGUCGGAGCUAAAAUCUCUGUGGCAGAGAAAAAGCUGUGGGCGAAUGCCCUUGUGUCAGCAUCAAUUCCAAGUGGACGGAGCACAUCACUGUUUAUGGAUCCCACAAGUAUGAAGCAUAAAACUGGAAGAGAAAUUCAAGAAAUGUACGACCAAAGUCUCCCAACGUUGCUUAUUUGCGUAAAAAGGCGGGAAAAAUGGACAGUUCUCGUGUACUUACACUGGCUUUUGACUCGAUUGAUCACUGACAAAUAUCUAGACGAAACCAUUUGUGAAUCUUGCGAACGUGUUUCAGCAGUUCUUCGGAAAUUGGUUAAAGACGCAUUUCCGCUAUUAUACACAAUGAAACUACACUUUUUGGUCGAUCACAUUGCUCAAGAAGAUUCGAUCACAUUGCUCAAGAAGCUUUUUGUGUCUCGUUGUUAACUUUUUUGUUAAGGACUAAUACUAAUAUUUAUCUUUGUAUACACCUGU